AACCUAUUUGUUUUAUUCAAAAACAUAUUUUUUAAUUUUGGAAAACCUCUUUAUUCCAAUACCAAACAGGUACCGACACGUUUUUUGAUAAAACAAAUAAUAUUUAGCGACUUCAAAGCGAAAACGCUUUUGAGAGCGUUCGCUUCCUGUGUUGACCGGAAGUAAAAUCGUCGGCUCGCCAGCUGUCAUGGCGGAAAAGAAGAAUGUUUUGGGGAUGCCUUUGCUGUUUUUGUUAAUUUCUCUGAGCUUCCUGCAUUUAUUCAUUUGCCCCUUUACGAAAGUCGAAGAAAGCUUUAAUUUACAGGCGGCGCACGACAUUCUGUACCACAGACUUGAUUUUGACAAGUAUGACCAUCACGAAUUCCCUGGAGUUGUGCCGCGUACUUUUCUCGGACCCCUGUUCCUCUCCACGCUCUGCUCCCCGUUUAUUUCUUUAUCAUCUCUGCUGGAGGCACCGAAGUUCUACACUCAGUUUAUAGUCCGGGCUUCGCUGGGCUUUUGCGUGAUCGGCGCUCUGUGGCAUAUGCAGAAAGAAGUGCGGAGGCAGUUUGGCUCCACAGUUGCGUGUCUUUUCUGUCUGACCUGUGCCUCCCAGUUCCACCUCAUGUUCUACAGCACCAGGACACUCCCCAAUGUCUUUGCGCUGCCAAUAGUUCUUGUAGCGUUCACGUCGUGGAUGGCUCAGAAACACGGCUGGUUCAUCAGACUCUCCGCUUUGGUCAUCAUCGUGAUCCGGUCCGAGCUCUGCAUCUUGCUGGGCCUCAUGCUGCUGAUGGCGCUGCUGAGCAGGAGGCUGGGGCUGCAGCAGCUGAUUUACUACGCUGCUCCUGCUGGACUCUUCUCUCUAGCUCUGACUGUGGCUGUCGACACCUUCUUUUGGAGGAAGCUUUUGUGGCCUGAGGGCCAGGUGCUGUGGUACAACACCAUUCUUAAUAAAAGCUCCAACUGGGGAACCUCGCCCUUUCUGUGGUAUUUUUACUCCGCCUUGCCUCGGGCCCUGGGCUGCUCGCUGCUCUUCGUGCCUCUCGGCCUCCUGGACAGGCGGAUUAGGCUGCUGCUGCUCCCCACAGUUGGCUUCAUCCUCGUCUAUUCGCUGCUGCCUCACAAGGAGCUGCGUUUCAUCAUUUACACUUUCCCUGUGCUCAAUUUGGCCGCUGCACGCGGCUGUUCCUUCAUAUUGUGCAACUAUCAGAAAUCCUGGAUGUACAAACUGGGCUCUGCAGUUGUGGUUGGCCAGCUGUUGAUCAACUCAUCAUACACUUUCCUUUGCCUGUAUGUUUCCCAUCACAACUACCCGGGCGGCAAGGGAAUCCAGGAACUACACAGGCUGUUGCCAGCCACAGCAGAUGUCUUUGUUCACAUCGACACAUUUGCUGCUGAAACAGGAGUGUCACGCUUCUUAGAGCAAAACAAAAACUGGAGAUAUGACAAAAGAGAAGACAUAAGCUCCACAAGCCCUGAGCUCCGGGUGUACUCACACCUGUUGAUGGAGGUGAACAUCACCAAGAUACAGCAGCUGCACAACACGCAUAAGCCUCUGGCCUACAUCGAAGGUUUCAACAACAUCGCCUUUAGCACGGCUCACUUCCCACCCGUCAGAGUUCACCUAGCGAGGAAAGCUGUGCUGAUGCAGAGCAAGACUUGGGAGGGCACACCGAGAGAAACAUGAGCCGAAAUAUAAUUUGGAACUAUAAGGUGACCAAAGAUGAUUAAAAAUCAUGCUGCUAGGUUGUUAAAACAAAACAAAUGUCUUUGUCACAUACCAGCACAGAUGGCCUAUGAUCUUCUGCCCCAGGAAAUGCAUCCAGCUAUUGUUUACACCAGAGAAUCAUUUAUAUAUUUUGACUUGUAAAUGAAUAAAAGCCAAACAGAGAAAAUGAAAGCAUGUUGUUAUCCUUACAGACAGUUCAGGACGUUUUGGAGAGGGGUAGUAUAAAUCCAGAGUGGUCGGUGCUGGAAAUUAAAUUAAUUGGUUUGAGGCCAAACAAAAAUAUUUGUAGCCUUAAAUAACAUCUUAAAAAUUUAAUUUGCUUUAACUGCUAAAAUGGGCAAGUUUGCAUUGGAAAUUUGUUUUCGCAGGAAUUGCAGGUGGUGCAACAGCAAUAAUCUUCCUGUUUGAAACACUAACUGGGACCAAAAUAAGAUUAACCACAUUAUAAAGGAGUGGGUGACCUUGUUUCUUAAUGGCUCACAUAAGCAACCAGAGAGCCGAACGAGGCAGUCUUUGUCAGCAGCGUAACAGGAACUAAACUUUAUCAAGAUUAACAAAUUUUCCUUCUACAAAAAUGUCAAUUGAGCAAUGUCCUAUUUUUGUGAAUUUGUAACCUUAUUUGAAGUUUAAACUUGACCUAUGCUAAAUGAAGAUAAGUGUCAUCUACUGCGGGUAAAAAGAUACGUGUAAAACAAAAUAAAUAACUUCCUCUAUAAAUCCUGAGCUAACCCUUUAAAUCCUUCAAAACUUCACACAAAAGCUCGAAUAAAAAUAAAACACUGUUCAAGAAAAACCUUUAUUUACAAAUGACCACAAAAUUUGCAUGUUUCCAGUCUGAAUGCUAAAACGUUUAUCAAAUUAGGUUCAGAAGUCAUUUAAUAUAAAAAUGUACAGUAAACUGUUAAUCAAUAAUAAACCCAUAAUUUAAUCCCCUGGACAUAAACUUAAAUUGUGCUUAAGAGACAACUGGUGUAUUCCAAAAAACCCACCUUAUUCUGAAAAUACAGCCACAUUAUACAUCAUCUUAUUAAAAACAUUUCAGUGAGUUAAAAAAAAACAACAAAAAAAACCCAACAAAAAAUAUUUCUAAGUGACAGUACCGUAAGCCUCAAAUUUACAAAGAAAAAUUAAAUAGCAUUAACUUAAAACAUCUUUCAGUCACAGCAUUUGUUUUUGGGCCAAGUUGUCAUUCUGAAAAACAAAACAAAAAAAUCCUUGCAUCUAUGUUUAAUUAAAAAAACAAAAAAAAAAAA